CCUCCCUUUGACGUCGCCGCGGUCGACGCAGGUGCAAGCCGGCAACAUGGCGGCGGUCGGAGCGGGCCGUCUGAGGAGGGCGGCUUCCGCGCUGCUGCUCCGGAGCCCGCGCCUGCCCGCCCGGGAGCUGUCGGCCCCAGCCCGGCUCUACCACAAGAAGGUUGUGGACCAUUAUGAGAAUCCUAGGAAUGUGGGGUCCCUUGACAAAACAUCUAAGAAUGUCGGAACCGGAUUGGUGGGUGCUCCGGCAUGUGGUGACGUCAUGAAAUUGCAGAUCCAGGUGGAUGAAAAGGGGAAGAUUGUGGACGCCAGAUUUAAAACAUUUGGCUGCGGCUCCGCCAUCGCCUCCAGCUCCCUAGCCACAGAGUGGGUAAAGGGGAAGACGGUGGAGGAAGCCUUGACCAUCAAAAACACAGACAUCGCCAAGGAGCUCUGCCUUCCGCCCGUGAAACUGCACUGCUCCAUGCUGGCGGAAGACGCCAUCAAAGCCGCCCUAGCUGACUACAAACUGAAGCAAGAAUCCAAGAAGGGAGAGCCAGAGAAGCAGUGAGCCCUGGGGACGCUCUCGCAGGUCACAGCAGCUGCUCCUGCCUCCCGGCACCACAUCAAAGAAGCCCCGAGAAACGCACACUAGUCACCAUUUGCAUUAUGGUUCCAAUGCGGGCAAAUACAGUUUGAUUACGCCUAAUCCUGUGUUCUUUCAGCUCACUGUGUCCUUAGUGCACUUAAUGUCUGUCUGAUUUACGUUGUGGCCUGGGAGCUGAAAUCAGCACCGAAGUCUUAAGCUUUGGUAGCCUUUGGAGAGUGACGGCAGGUUUUACCUAACCCCGUUGGGGGAGAUUGCCAGCAGAAUGCCUUGUUGUAGCUAUUUGAUAGAAUUUAUUACUGUAUAUUUAACAGAUCUGCAUAUAUAUUAUAAUAAAAGAAUGUAAGACGAUGGUUUUCUCUAGUGAA